AUGGCUUUCAAGGCAGGAAAUAAUUAUAGGGAGGGUGUUGUAUCACAAACUCGGGUUCCUUUUUCCUUUUUGGAUAUUAUUCCUCGAGACUUAGAAAUAAAAUUGAAAUCGAAGAUAAAUGUCGCCACGUGGUUGCACUGUUACCCUGCGAUAUCCACUUUAAUGGCUUAUGGCUUAGUCACUCAAGGUACCGAUGUUCGUUUGUUCCAGUAUCAAAUGAGUAAAAUGAUUUAUGGCGAUGGUUCACUGCAGCCUGACGGAAAAUUCUUCCACUUAUUGAGAAGAAAAAUGAAUUUUGUUACCAAGAAGUUUGCUGAGCUUUUGUCAACUUCAUGUAAUCGGUUAAUAUCAUCUUCAUGUUCUCCUCUUGUGUCAUCACACACUUCAGGGUACUCUCCUUUCCAAGGUAAUCUUGUGUGUCGUACUAUGGCAUCACUGAAUCAGAUGCAUCGAACAGGUCCACAUAUGAAGAAAAGACCUCCUCGGCAACCACUAGACGGAAAACCUUUUGCUAAAGGAGUGGUUUUGAAAACUCUUAUCAAAAAACCAAAGAAGCCAAACUCUGCUAACAGAAAAUGUGUACUUGUGCGACUUAGUACUGGCAAGGAAAUGGUGGCAUAUGUGCCAGGGAUUGGACACAACUUGCAAGAACACAACAUUGUUCUUGUUCGAGUGGGUCGUUGUCAGGAUGUACCAGGUGUAAAACUUAAAUGUGUGAGAGGAAAAUAUGAUUUGCCUCAUGUAGUGAAGAACUAAAUAAUUUUUAACAAUUUUUUAUGAAAUAGAUUUGUAAUUAGCAUUAUAUUGUAAAUAAAUUGUUGAAUUGUUCCUUUAUAAAUAAAGUAAAAUGCCCCAGUAUGAAUACUUCAUUUGUCUUUUGUAAAUCCAUAUCAAACUACAAUGAUUAGCUUGAUUACGAUGUUUGACAAGGGACUGCUUUCUUGAUUGUUUUCAUGGAAUAUGAUUUUGAUGUGACAUUUUUUGAUGCAUGCUUUUUGAUACGGUAAAAUUUAGUUGCUCAAAUGUCCAUUUUUUAAUCAAUCAGUGUGGAGGAUUUUAAUUUGGCAAUUUUCAUCACAAACUGAACUGUGGCAUUUGCUCUGGAACUCUAGGAAUCACAUCUAGAGGUGAUAGAAUUUGAGGGACCAAAAAUAAAUGCUUGCAGAAUUUUUGUGACAGUGCAGUUAUCUUCCGUAUUUUAUUUUUAUUUGCUCACAUUCAGAAAUUUACAUCCUGCUAAUCGUGGAAAAUGUUGGGCUAUUUUUGAAAAUCACGAGUACUUAGAUGGUUCGGUUUGUCCAAUUAAAACUUAUAAAA